AUGAUUCAUGGACCAUAUGGUAGAACUUUCUCAAAAUUUCCUUACAUGAAAGAUGGGUACUGCAUCAAAUAUUAUCCCAAAAUAUUCAGUAGCACCACAGUUAUUGAUGAUACUGGAUACUCAUCAUAUAGAAGACGAGACACAGGAGUAGUUACUGAGAAGAAGGGAGUCUAUAUGGAUAAUAGGAAUGUGGUUCCAUAUAAUGUAUAUCUGUUGAUGUUUUAUCAAGCGCAUGUUAAUGUAGAGUACUGCAACAAGUCAAAUGCUAUCAAAUAUUUGUUCAAAUAUGUGAAUAAAGGUCUAAAUAGGAUAGCAGUUAGAGUUUCAAAGGAAGCUUCUAGUGGAGAGGAUACUCAGAUUAUUGAUGAGAUUAAACAAUUUUAUGAUUGUAGGUAUUUGUUUGUGUAA